AUGGGGUCCCUGCCCGCAUCCAUAUAUGAACGUGAUGUGUGUGCUCUGGGUGCCCGCUGCGUGCCCGCCGGCCUGGCACUCGUCUGCGUUUCUCACGCGCCCUCCAGCCGCACCCCGUCCUGGCCAUGAGUGACCUGCAGGAAGAAGGCAGACAUGCCAUCAACUCGCCGAUGUCCCCCGCCUCGGCGGAUAUCUACCCCGAAGACACCCUGCUAGAGGAGAACGAGGAGCGCACGAUGAUCGACCCCACCUCCAAGGAUGACCCCAAAUUCAAGGAGCUGGUCAAGGUUCUCAUCGACUGGAUCAACGAUGUCCUGGUGGAGGAGAGAAUCAUCGUGAAGCAGCUGGAGGAGGACCUUUACGACGGCCAGGUGCUUCAGAAGCUCUUGGAAAAACUGGCGGGCUGCAAGCUGAAUGUGGCUGAGGUGACGCAGUCUGAGGUCGGGCAGAAGCAGAAGCUGCAGACGGUGCUGGAAGCCGUGCACGGCCUGCUGCGGCCCCACGGCUGGGUGCUCCAGUGGACCGUUGACUCAAUUCACGGGAAGAACCUGGUGGCCAUCCUGCAUCUCCUCGUGUCCCUGGCCAUGCACUUCCGGGCCCCGAUCCGCCUCCCCGAGCACGUGUCCGUCCAGGUGGUGGUCGUGCGGAAGCGGGAAGGCCUGCAUUCCAGCCACGUCACGGAGGAGCUGACCACAACAACGGAGAUGAUGAUGGGUCGCUUUGAGCGGGACGCCUUCGACACCCUGUUCGACCACGCCCCGGACAAGCUCAGCGUGGUGAAGAAGUCUCUCAUCACGUUUGUGAACAAGCAUCUCAACAAGCUGAACUUGGAGGUGACGGAACUGGAGACCCAGUUUGCAGACGGCGUCUACCUGGUUCUGCUCAUGGGCCUUCUGGAGGAUUACUUCGUCCCCCUGCACAACUUCUACCUGACCCCAGACAGCUUCGACCAGAAGGUUCACAACGUGGCGUUUGCCUUUGAGCUGAUGCUGGACGGAGGGCUCAGGACACCCAAGGCUCACCCUGAAGAUGUGGUGAACCUGGAUCUCAAAUCCACCCUGAGGGUUCUUUACAACCUGUUUACCAAGUACAAGGACCUGGAGUGACAGCAGCGGGCUGCAGAGGCUCUGCGGGGCGGGGAGGACUGCCAACCUUGUUCCCCACCCCAGCCCCACCGCACCCCACCCCAUCCCAUCCCACCACCACCCCACCCGGCCGUUCCUGGUUAUUGCUCUGAAGCUCCCUCGUGUAACCCGCAGUGGGCAGGGUCCUUUGAAAUGCAGGGUUCUGCACCCCAGUGCUGGCAUGCCCCCCUCCCAUGCUGGGACACUUGUCGGCCCUGAUCCCACCCACGUCCCUCAGCCUGGGGAGGGGGUGCCCCACAAGCCUUUCCGUGGGGCAGUUAAGGGCCACAGCCACGGCCACGGGUGAUCAGAAGAGCACCCACGGCUCUGCAGGAGACACAGUCCAGCUCGGCUGUGGUGGGGGAGUCUCCUUGGAAGCAAGGUCUUUUUAGUAAAAAGUAUUUUGUAGUUUUAAAACCUUCCCUCUCAAGUCCCAGGAGCUCUUGAUGGGACAGGAGGGCCCACCCCACGUUCCGCUUCUUGACCAGCCAGUGUUUCUCAUGUACCUUUUGCACAAGCAUCUGAGAUCCAGGCGACCCUCGGCGGCCGCUGCGCCGGAGGCUGCAUUUGCUGGAGCAAUUUUUUUUUUUUUUUUUUUUUUUUUUGGUGAUGGCCAAGCGUGCUGUGUCAGGAGCCGAAUCUAAAGCGUUGCUUGGUACAUCUCAGAGGCCCUGUUUGGAAAUAGAUGCAUCUUCAAACUUUUAAAAAGUGGAGUCUGUCAGUUUGCAGGGACCACCAUGGCAAAGCGCCACAGGCGGGGCUCAGGCAACAGCAGUGGAUGGUACCCCAGCUCCGGAGGCCAGAAGUCCAGCAUCCGGGCAGGGCUGGCUCGUCCCGAGGCCCCUCUCCUGGCGUGGC